AAUGUUGAGAUGCUUUACUGUCGUGGCUGGGUGACACAGCUUUGGUCUGGUAGAGAGCACAGACUCACGCUGUGACUAGUCUUUAGCUGCACUGGCGCAGUGUCCGGUUUGGUGGGGGUGGUUGUGUGUGAGAGAGGGGAGAGGUUGAGAAACAAGGCGGCGGUCUGCCUCUUGUUUCCGUUCGUGGCUUCUCAUUACCCUUCGGGUCCGUGAACCCGGUGCAUGGGCGAAGGACAAAGCGGGGAGAGGGAGAGAUUUCAGUCUCCAGUCUCGGAACUGCCAGUUUCUGCAGGGAAACGGGCGGAAGUGUUUACGAAUCGUGAAAAAAGGGGAACUGUUGCAGUCUGACACCCGACAGAGAGACACAAUCCCCGGGACCAAUGGAUUCACUGACCCUCAUCCUGUUGUCUGGUGUCAUUCCACUUUACUUGUGUGCCUCCCUCAGUGAGUGUGACCAGACCCAGUAUAUCAAGGAUGGCAAGUGCUGUUUCAAAUGUGGCCCUGGUUCGUUCAUGGUGGCGAAGUGUAAUUCGAACGAAUACUCGAAUUGUGAACCUUGCCAGAGAGGCUUCUACCAACCUGCCUGGACCAUGGAGGAUCAUUGCCAACCACACACAGUUUGUGAUUCAAAAGGUGGUUUUGAAAUCAAGCAAGUCGGUGACUGGGUGAGAAAUGUGCAGUGUCUGUGUAAACAAGGGAUGCAUUGCCCUAAUAAAGACUGUGAGAUCUGUGAGCAUGAUACGGCAUGUCCUCCUGGUCAAGGAGUCAAAAUUCCAGGUGACCGAAAAUUUCAGGCAACAACUUGCGAGGAUUGCAAACCUGGUUUCUAUUCAAAUGCGACAUCUUUAAUAGAACCUUGCAAGAAAUGGAUGAACUGCUCAUCGCUCGGACUGAUAGAAGUCAGACCAGGGACCACACAGAGCGAUGUUGAAUGCGGUAUCCCAUACCAGAGCAAUGAAUCUUACGAAGUUGCAGUUGGCUUUUUGGCUGUGCUGCUUAUCUUGUGCAUAGCUUUAUUUAUCUGCAGCAGGCUGGGUUAUCUGGAUCAAGUUUUUGAUUUCAUUCAAAGAAAGAAGGAGAAUGACCCUGAGCGGGUCGCCCAGGAAACCCAUCCGGGUGAUCCGAUUCACAGCCCAGAGAUGGAGCAAGGAGGGAGCAUUAGCAUGCACACGGCGGUCCAGGAAGUAGGCAAGGACAGCCGCCCCUCAGAGGAGGAAGGGCAGACCCUACUUAACACAUCAGAUACCUCCUAUGUGUACAGGGAUAGUGCCAAUGGGAAUGCAGGGAGAGUAUGCGUGGACUGAGGAACAGCGGUGUUGUGAGUCGGAACCUGAAAUGAACAAAUCCAGGAUUCAAAGACUUGACCUUGGAUUUCUACAGAACUUGCUUCAAGACUGCAUACCGUAUAACGGUCUCAUUCUGCGUUCACGGCAUUUUUUUCUAAAUCCUUCUAAUCUUGACGUCUACCCGUGAUAAGUCACCAGAAAGAUUACUUGCUGGAACAGUACAACAAAGGACACCUGUACUGUUAUCAAUGACCUCUGUGCAGAUGGGUCACUCUGAAAACAGACCAGAUUGUGACAUUUCUUGUUCUGCCUUUGGUGUCCAUAACUGGUGAAUCUUGCACAAAGGGUGCUGUUAUGUUUGUCAGAACUUGGGUGCAUUAGGUGCAGAAACCUGUCAAUGGUACUCAGUUGUGGGCUUUAUCAUCAAUGCCCAACAAAUCCCAUAUGGAAAUUAAUCUGGUGUGGCUGCUCGGCAGAGUAUGCUUCGGCUUGGAAUCCCAACAUCCCCUCACCUCUCGGCACUCGUUACUUGUUCACUGCGAUUGAUCUGGAUUAUGGCUGGAGUGUGGGCAGCAUCUGCCGGGAGAUUUUGCAUCGCUGAGACGCCAGUGAAAGUGCCAGUGAGGGAGGGCCACUAGAGAGGCUCUAGUGCAGGGCUGCCAGUGCGUGAGAGGCACAGAGAGCUCAUGGGGCCACAGAAGUAGAGAACUAAAUGGAGCUCUACACUCAUGGGAAUUGUCUCUGUCUGGAGAAGGAGUGAGAUUAAAUAGAUGAUAACGAUAACAAGAAUGUAAUCCCGGCCCGGGGUUUCAGGUGGCAAUGAAACCAGCUGAGCUUCACAAUCGCUCUUGAUAAAAAUCAUCAGAAACUCCUCCAAAUCUGCACAGCACAACUCUGUAGCUGAUUGGGUGAUCAGUGAUCAGUUUCUGUUAACUUUCAUUGAGGAUUUUUUUUUGCUGGUUUAGUCAAAAAAGUUCCCUGUGUUGAUGAGUCAGACCUGAUGAUAUUAGCAGUAAAUGCCAUGAUUAUGCAAUUUUAUCUUAUCUCACUGGGAGGAUGCAUCAGUGGAGUGUACAGUAAACCAAGUGGAUAGCUGGGACAUGUGGGAAUUUGGUGCAGAGGGGAAAGAGGCCUUUUCCAGUAUUGGAUGUAGAAAAACAUUUCCACGACACUAUUUCAGAAAAAGAGUGGGGCGUUACCCAUGGCAUUGUGCCUGCUAUUCAUCCCUCUUGUCAACAUCACAAAAAUCUCAAUGUCUAGAAUUCCUCAUUGUGCAUCUUAUGCUUUUGCCAAGUAACGUGGUGAGUUUCACACUAGUAGCAGGGAGUUGCCGAUUAAGAGGGAUUAUUGAUUGUUAGGUGCCUCAUUAAUGCCACAAAUUGCAUUACUAAUAUUCAGUUUCCUACCUUACUAAACGUGUUCAACAAGCUUAACUUCAAGAAUUCUCGACAUGGAAGUCAGAGUGGGUACCUGAGGACUUAAGCUCAUCAAUUGAAUUCUGAAGGACCUUUUAGGUUUGACACCUGCCUCCAGCAUCACAGGACAUGGUGUGGGGUAGGAAUGAACUGUCCUGUGAAGAUAGAUUUCAUUUAAGCUGAGCUGUCACCAGUAUUCCAGUGAGUAGCUUUAGCUCAGCUGGGAGGAAGAUUACAGGUAGUGGUUGUUGUAUGAGUCUGAAGAGAAAAGUUGAGACUUUGAAGCAAAGUAGCAAUUUGGGUAAAAUCAUGCAGGUAAUGUCAGGAGGGGAAAGAGAGCAUAUUAAUUUUAAUAGAGCAUUAGUGACUCCAGUCAUGUCAAGGACAAAUAGUAAAUCAUUCAUAGUAAAGGUGCUUUACCAGACUAUCUGGAGUGUUCUUGCUAAGUUAGAUAAAUGAAUGGCAUGAAUAGAGGUAAAUGGUUUGAUCUAAUAGCUGCUACUGAAACAUUCAUGUGUGACCAAGAUUGGGAACAGCACGUUUGGAGUAUGUGACUUCUUUUAGAAAAGGUGGGCAAAAUGAAAGAAGUGGUAGGCAGCUCCAGUAAUGAAGGAUAUGGUAAAGGCAACGGGAGAAACUAAUUUACCCUGGAAAAAUCAGGAUGUAGCAUUUGUAUGUUUGUAAUUAAGAAAUAAUGGUGUGUAGACAACAGUGAGCAGUUUACAGAUGAUCUAACAGUAAUCAUAUUGUUGGCAGAGUAUAGAUUUGGAAUUUAGAACAGCAUGGAGCAAAAUGAGUGCAGUAAUUAUGAGGAGCUUCAAUUUUUAUAUAAACUGGAAGAACCUCUAGACAAGAGUGAUCAUAAUCUGAAAGAGUUUCCUACUGAGUUUGAUAGUGAUGUGAUCGUGCCCAUAAUUAGGGUCUACAGCAAUGCCUUAGAUGAAGGAACCAAGAAUAAUAUUUGUUUGCUGAUGCUGCAAAGCGAGGAGGGCAAGUCAACCCUGAAGGAGAUGUAAAGAAACUGAAAAGAAAUGGAUAGUUUACAUGAAAAGGCAGGAAGGUGGUCAACGUUGAGAGUGAGAAUGAAAAAGCAGAAUAUUCUUUUCAAAACUGAGAAGCUAGUAAGAGUUCAGAGGAGUUUGUGGCUUCUUACAUGAAACACUGAAAGUUAACAUGCAGGUAUAGCCAGUAAUGACUCUAAAAGGAAGCAAGUUUUGGUGGAGUUGUAUAGGACUUUGUUGAGACUACACCUGGAGUGUUGUGUACAAUUUUAGUCCCCCUUCCUUAGGCAGGAAUUACUUGUCUCGGAGAAUGUACUAGAAUGAUCCCUGUGAUGACAGAGCUGAACUAUACAGUGAGAUUGAGUAGAUUAGGAACAGAGGACUAAGGAGUGGGAAUAGACCAUUCAGCCCCUCAAGCCAUCUCUACCAUUCAGUCAGAUCAUGGCUAAUCUGUUUGUGGUCUCAGAUUGAUAUUCCAUCUGCUCUGCAUAACCCUUGACACUCCUUGUUUGUCAAGAACCUAUUUAACUUGGCCUUGAAUAAAUUCAGUAACUUGGUCUUCGCAGCUUUCUUGGGAAGAGAAUUUCACAGACUAACAACUAUGUUUCCUCAGUGAUCCUUGCUUUAAUUUCUCUUCUCUGGUGUGUGGACCUCUGAGGUCUCAGUGCAGCAGCCUCUUGUGAAAUUGCAAGUUAUUUCAAAUGGCUUAUCCUUGCUCCAACUUCUUGUGUUCUUAUUGAGAGUUUUGAAUAAUGUAAGAAUCAGCCAUAUAACACUACUGAAUUCCUGGAUCAUUUAGAAGAUGGGUACAGUGUUUAGCUGCUGACCUGACCCGUCCCUAUAAGAGCAGAGUUGAACAUCAGAUAAUUGUAGAUAACGUGUACAUUUCAGAUUGCAGUUCAGCAACCACUCUCAUUGUUACUCAUGACUAAGACGGAUUCUAAAGUAUGUCAACAAAAUGAUGUCUGGAGGCUAAGUGUGCAUAAACAUGAAUUUAUGUAUGUGUUACAAAUAAACUUUCUGUGGUACUGUUUCAUCAGGAUGAAGGAAACAUGCCAACUAAUGUACAUUUAUAAUUCUGGUGCAAAAGUGUACAUGCCCUGCCCCUUUAAGACUACAAUGGGCAGCUGCUCAGCAUUUUGCAUGUAUUUUUAAAAUUAAUGCCUGGGUCACUCAUGUUAAACUGGAAUACUAUCAAGUGUCUCUUACCAUCAGUCUCUGUUAUACUUCAGGAGUAGCUCAAAUCUCUUCUUUGUAAAGGAGGCAAAAAAAUUAGAACUCUAACUGAGUUAUCAGAAAAAUAAAUCUACCAGAUAGAGGAAGGCAAAAACUGAGCCAAUUGACUCACUCAGUUUAAUUGGGGGUACUUACCUUAAAUGUUCACUUCCUCCACCACUGACCUUCAGUAACAGCAGGGUGUACAAUCUACAAGAUACAAUGCAAAGCUCCUUAGGUACCAUCUUUCAAGUGCACCUGCAAAUUCCGCUCCAAGCCCACUGACCAUCCUGACUUGGAAAUAUAUUGCCAUUCCUUCAUUGUCACUGGGUCAAAAUCCUGGAAUGUCCUACUUGACAGGACGGAGGCUGUACUAGCACAAGAUGAACUGGAACAGUCCAAGAUAGGGCCUGUCACCAUUUUCUUGGGCAACAGAUGUUCACCUUGAAUCACACCCACAUCCCAUGACAUGAAAACAGAAAGCACUACAGAAGCUCAGCAGAGGUCUGUGGAGAGAAGAAAUGAAUUAACAUUUCAAGUCCCAUUUUAGUUUUGUGGAACAGUCGUACUCAACCCUCUUCAUAUUAACCAAAAGUGGAUUGUGCAGCCCAUCAGCGUGUGCAGUCUCCCUGACACUCAGUAACCAAGCCUCACUGAGGGGUGAGCACGUCCACUGCCUUAUGGAUACCUUGGGAGAGAAGAAUGCAAAGGUUGUAAACCCUGACUGGGCUUCUGGGCUCUGUUCCAGAAUUGUUGACUGAUGUCUAAGUACGUCGUCUUUCUGCCAACUUUGCUGCCAGAUAUGCUGCUUUACAUUUCUUUAGACUCAACCAAUGAGGUUGAACGCGAGCCCAUGGAAUUUGGGAUCUCUGUAAAUUUGCCUGAGAUUUUGCCCUCGAGGGAAAACUCCAGUUUUGUUGUAUGGCAUUAACAUUCCACAGAAAACAGAGUGGACAACAACCACCCAAGCCAUCAUCUUACCAGUUGGAAGGCUACAACCCAUAAGCCUAUGACUCCAUGUCAUAUGCUUGAUGUCUUCAAAAUGCUGUUACUAUUUGAUUGUUGUAGGGAUUGUUAUGUAAAGAGAUGUGCCUUGCAUCUUCUCCUAAGUGUUUAAAAAUACUUUAUUCCCAGGCCACACUUCACCCAUUCAAUUCAAGCGGCAUCUUUUUUAUGUCUGCCUAUGGUUGGAACUUGAUUUCAAUGCGGAAGAUAAAUUUUCAAAAUCUUUUGUUGCCGUCAACAUUCAGAGGA